CAACAUCAAAAUAAUGUUAAUUGUAAAAUAUUAAAUAUUUGUGAUUUUGUUAAGGGUCGUAUAGAUGGUAAUGUAAUUUCGACGAUCCAUUUACUUUAAUUACCACAUAUAAUUUAUGAUGUAUGGUCUUGAAGUCCAAUUAUGUGUCUGUAUAUAAAAUGUAAAAUCUAAUAGUAGCUAAAAAUAAAAUUAAGACGUCGAAGCUGUAUAAAAAGAUGAGAACCCGGAGUAAUUCAGGUGUCCGCCUGGAUUAUUACCAAAGAAUUGUCCACAAACUUAUUCUUGAUCAUCAACAACCCGUUACUGGGUUAUUCCCCGCUAGUCCGCAAAACGAUCAUGCUUGGAUUCGAGAUAAUUUGUACUGUAUUUUGGCGGUAUGGGGGCUCUCAAUGGCGUUCAAGAAAAUUGCCGAUCAAGAUGAAGAUCGUGCUAAAACAUAUGAAUUGGAACAAAGUUGUGUAAAACUUAUGCGGGGUCUUUUGAUGGCCAUGAUGCAGCAAAAGGAAAAAGUUGAGAAAUUUAAGAGCACUCAAAAUCCACAUGAUUCUCUGCAUGCAAAGUAUUCAUCCAUAACUGGCCGCACUGUUGUCACUGACACUGAAUGGGGUCAUUUGCAAAUAGAUGCCAUCUCUUUGUACCUUCUUGUUCUUGCACAAAUGACAGCUUCUGGUUUACAGAUAGUAUUCUCAUUAGAUGAAGUAGCCUUCAUCCAAAACUUAGUUUUUUACAUUGAAUCAGCUUAUUGUACUCCUGAUUAUGGUAUUUGGGAGAGAGGAGACAAAACUAAUCAUGGAUUGCCUGAACUUAAUGCCAGUUCAAUUGGCAUGGCCAAAGCAGCAUUAGAGGCUAUGAAUGAAUUGGACUUGUUUGGAGCCCGAGGAGGUCCUUCUAGUGUUAUACAUGUUUUAGCUGAUGAAGCACAAAAAUGUCAAGCUGUGCUACAAUCCAUGUUGCCGAGGGAGUCUAACAGUAAAGAAUUAGAUUCCGGCCUACUUUCCAUUAUAAGCUAUCCAGCAUUUGCAGUUGAUGAUCCACACUUGAUAACAAAGACUAGAGAUACAAUAGUUACCAAAUUGCAAGGAAAGUUUGGUUGCAAAAGAUUCUUGAGAGAUGGUCACAAAACACCAAGAGAAGAUCCAAAUAGGCUUUACUAUGAACCAUGGGAAUUGAGAAUGUUUGAAAACAUAGAAUGUGAAUGGCCUUUAUUUUUUUGCUAUCUUAUAUUAGACUAUUGUUUUCAAGGAGUUAAGAAUAAUGUUUCUGAAUACAUGCAGAAGUUGGAAAUGAUUAUGAUUAGGAAAGAUGAUGGUAUGAAGUUGGUCCCUGAAUUGUAUUCUGUGCCUGCAGAUAAAGCACACUUAGAACAAAGUGAACCUGGCAGUCAAGAGAGAAUCCCAUUGGGCAGAUGCCCAUUUAUUUGGGCUCAAUCUCUUUAUAUCCUAGGAAAAUUGCUCCAAGAAGGUUUUUUGGCUGUUGGGGAAUUAGAUCCGUUAAACAGAAGAUUGUGUUCAGAAAAGAAACCUGAUGUUGUAGUCCAAAUUGUAAUUUUAGCUGAGGAUAAUGAGAUUAGGGAUAAGCUUUUGGAAUAUGACUUACAUGUGCAAACAAUUAAUGAAGUUGCACCCAUUGAAGUUCAGCCAGCCAGGGUUCUCAGCCAUCUUUAUACUUAUUUAGGUAGAAACAAAAAAUUAGGUCUCUCAGGUAGAAAAUCACGUGAUGUUGGCAUUCUAAGCACAAGCAAACUUUAUUCAUUGAAUGAUAGAAUUUUCGCUUUUACACCACAGAAUUUUGACUACGAGGAGUACUACAUGACUCGUGACCCGGCGUUGCUCGCCAGCACGUUUACGGCGAACGUCGCUUUCCUUGGCAUGAGUUGGAAACAAAUGUUAGGAAGGCCGACAAUCACGUUAUUAGCCACACAAUAUUUAUUAGAUCAUGGAAAAAUACCAAUGGCCAUGAUAACAACAAUGAAAAAAUUGAAAUCUGGUUAUAUAAACGGCACAAGAGUGACAUUGGGUAAUCUUGGUGAUUUCUUGAGUACUUCGGCUAUAACAAAUCUAAGUUUCCUUGGGAGCCAAGAAGAUGGAUAUCCUGAUAAAUUAAAUCCCCAAGUGCAGAGCUAUCUCGAAGAGCACCUCCUCAAAUCGUUCAGCACAAAGUUCAGUCUGCUGUCGCGGCCCGCGGCGCGCGGACGUUCGCUGCGUCGUCGCAUGUCCGUGCGCGGCGCUAUUAAGAAAACGCGAUCGAUUAAUGUUGAUUCGGAAACAUUAGGAAUGGAAGGUGAGAAUGUGGGACCUCACGGCUUAUUGGAGAGGAAGCCGUCCUGGUUGGAAGUGGAUCCAGUAUAUGGGCGUAGUCCUUCGCCUGAGGAUGCUAAGAGGAAAUCAUUUACUAAGGGAACAUCUACUACAAAUUUAGGAGUGACACCAACUAUAGAAAUAACUAAGGAAAAAUCUCCAUCACCUCCCAAAGAAGAAGUUGUGAACAAGAACGUGGUGAUACGCAAUCGCACGAUAUCCGAGAGCCAGAGCUUAAUGUACGCGGAGCAAGAGACGGACGAGCUGAUCGGCAUGCUGAGGGAGACGGAAAGCCUGGAUGAACAGGGUGAUAUACUGCAGUACCUUGUUGAUACUCACGGAUUGGACUUUAAUACUGGAAUACUGGAAAAUGGAAAGCCAGUGACAGUCAAAGACCUACUCAAAGUCCUAUACGAAAAGGCGUGUUCCCAAAAGCUCUGGGGUCUCGUCCGCCACUCCGCCGGUAUGUUGGGCAAGAGGGUGGAGGACUUGGCUAAGGCCGUUACAGACCUGUUGGUGAGACAGAAACAGAUCACAGUGGGAAUGCCGCCUAACAAUGAGUACACUAUAACCGCGCCUUUACCGGAGAAUGAGCUGAGGCAGCUGAUACAUUGUGCAUACGGCGAUGACGAAAGUACGGCUAUGUUGACGCAAGAGCUACUUGUAUACUUGGCAAUGUUUAUACGCACGGAACCACAGCUCUUCUUGGAAAUGUUGCGUCUGCGAGUCGGACUUAUUAUUCAGGUAAUGGCAACGGAACUUUCUCGAACGCUUUCCUGCGAUGGCGAGGAGGCGUCGGAACAUCUGCUCAACUUGUCACCCUUUGAGAUGAAGAAUCUUUUAUACCACAUCCUCAGCGGAAAAGAGUUUGCUAUCAACAGCGCAGGACGCGGCAACUUUUCCAUAGUGAGUAACAAAUCGAAUCGUUACGGAAAGAAGUCACAGAUAAUGCUCGAAGGACAGAAUAUCCAGGGUGGUAUUGAAGAAACCCCAACAGUGGAGCCAGAUCGCCAAGGCCAGUGGCUGAGACGUCGUCGUUUGGACGGAGCGCUGAACCGCGUGCCGAGGGACUUCUACCCGAGGGUUUGGGGCGUUUUGGAAAAGUGUCAAGGCCUUGUAAUCCAAGGAAAAAUAUUGCAACCGAAUCUGACCCAAGAAAUGACGUCCGGAGAGUUGAAAUUCGCACUAGCCGUUGAAACAGUGCUGAAUUCAAUACCACAGCCCGAAUACAGGCAACUGGUUGUUGAGGCUCUUAUGGUUCUCACGUUAUUAGUAGAAUAUAAGACUAUUAACAACCUCGGUGGAAUGAUCACGGUGGAACAUUUGGUGCAUAAGGCGAAUCAGAUAUUUUUGGAAGAUCAGAUGCGGUGCAACGGCGACGCGACGCUGUGCUGCGCGAAGGCGGAGUCGUUCGGCGGCGCGCAGGUGUGCGGCGGCGCGGCGGGCGUGUGCCAGCUGCUGUACGACAGCGCGCCCAGCGGCAGCUACGGCACCAUGACCUACCUCGCGCGCGCCGUUGCCGCGCUGCUGGCGGACCGCAUGCCGCCCGACACGCCGCUCGAGUGCACCAUCACUUAGUUCCCUCUGUUGGGUGCGCGCGCCGUUGCCGCGCUGCUAGCAGAUGCGUUUCUUUUUUAAUUGCGUUGCAUAGAUUUUAUUCUUGUUAACUAGUAACAUUUUGGAAUGUUCAAUAUUUUGUAGGAUAUUGGGUAUUAUUAGGUGUAACAACUUUGAAGCUAGUAGUGUUUGUAUUAGUUUAAUUCUUUGUUCAGUGUCCUUGUUAUAUUUAUUUAAUAAUAACUAAAUGUAAUAUGCCCUUUUUCCUUCUAUAUAUUUUCUAUUCAUCAAUAUAACCUUUUACUGGCACAGGAAUUUGUCUAUGCAUCUAGGACCAUUUAUUGUAACCCAAAAAGUUCCUAAAUAAAGACCAUGCUAUUUUCGUAUACUACAAAGCAAUCUAUGAUAUAUUAUGUAACGGAAUGUUGCAACUAGACCCAGUGUACGCCAGUAAAGAUUUUUUUUAAUUUUUUUUUUGAAAUUUCUAGAACAGUACAACAUCAAUAGAAUGAGAAUGUUCUUUGUUUUAAGCUUUUCUAUAAUGCCUUCCUCUGAAAUUUGAUUUGUUUACGCAUUUUUUUAUUAAAAUAAGAGUGAAUUGUAGUAGGUAUCCUAUUUUGAAUGACGAUAACAACAUACUGAAUUCAUAUUUUGGGAAAAAUCAAACAAAUAAGAAGAUUGACUAAAUUAUGGCAUAACAAAACAAAAGCAUCAAAUACCGAAACUAUACAUAAAAGGGUAGAAGAAUUAGAAUAAUGAUUGUAAUAGAAUAUUGUGUUGAUUAAUUAUUUUUAUUAUUUUAUUGCAGUAUUCAAAAAUUUAAUUAUGUAGUUAUUUCUGAUUGAGUUAGUGUAAAAUGCCCGAAAAAAGAUAUUAAAGACGUUUAUAGUUA